CAGAGCUUCACCCAUCGCGGUCCUGUUAUGAUUCUUGCCCAGUGCGUGCCUAGAACCGCGUCCUGUCGUGUCUAAUCGUUCCCUUCGACUGUCGGAACAGACAGCUGGUCCGUACCUUGGCGCGUCUGGAUCCUCGUGUCCCAAGUCCCCCAGCGCUUCCCCGCUGGCUGGCUCCUGACUGGCUGAUUUCUUUGUUGUCUUCAUCUGCUCUUGUCCUUUUCUGACCGUCCAUUCGAUCUUUGUUCCGUCUCUCUCUUCCCUCCCCCCCAAAACUCCCGUGGAUCUUAUCGCACAGAUAAACAUCCCCCCAUCAACCUACCAACCAAACAUGGCACCCCAAAGGAAACGCAAGUCGGAGAGCGCGUCAAUCGCCGAGGAAGCCGAGUCCCCUGCUGCGAAGAGAGUGGCCGCGCCCGACACACCGGCUACCGGCGAAAAGAGAAAGAGGGGCCGUCCCAGGAAGUAUCCUGAGGGUAGUACUCCCAAGCGCCCUGACGGCCCCAAAAGAGGCCGUGGCCGUCCUCGUAAAGAUCCGAAUGCCCCUACUCCCUCAAAGUCUACCACCCCCAAGCAAGGCAAACGGGGCAGGCCAAGGAAGACCCCGGUCGAAAAUGGAACCGAACCUACCCCAUCAACAACGAAAACAGAGACGGUCGAUACCACACCCUUCGAAGGGCGCUCAUACUGGUUGAUGAAGGCCGAGCCGGAUUCGCGACUGGAGAAAGGUGUUGAUGUAAAAUUCUCCAUUGAUGACUUGGCUGCCCGUAAGGAGCCGGAGCCAUGGGACGGUGUGCGUAACCCUGUUGCACAAAAACAUAUCCGCGACAUGAAGAAGGGUGAUCUCGCCUUCUUCUACCACUCCAACUGCAAGGUCCCAGGCAUUGCAGGUAUCAUGGAGAUUGUCAAGGAGCAUUCACCGGAUGAGUCGGCCUUUGAUCCCGCCCACCCAUACUACGACGAGAAGUCGAACCGAGACGAUCCCAAGUGGCAGGUUGUCCACGUUGAGUUCCGGCGCAAAUUCAACAAAAUGAUUACGUUGAACGAUCUCAAAUCAUAUGCACAGUCCGUACGGGCUCUUGAAAACAUGCAGGUUCUGAAGCAGUCCCGGCUGAGUGUGACGCCAGUAAGCGUCACAGAAUGGGCGUUUAUCAUGGGGGUAGCGGAGGAAAACGAGGCCAAGGCAAACGCCGAAGCUUCCAAAGAUGACAGCGCCGAGGGCGAGGAGCCUGAAUCAAGCGAGUAAAGGAUAAAGGGAUUUCAUUUUGUUGUCGGGCUUUUGGGAUGAUCAACUUACUCUUGUGGGAAUUCGACACGCGCAUUUACUUUAUGUACAAUCAAG